AUGUCGACCACGGGUCCCAUAAGUAAUUAUUAUGUGGACUCCUUGAUCAACCAUGAGAGCGAGGAUGUUAUUGCUGCGACUCGGUUCUCGGCGUCUGGUUCGCACCCAGCUGGCCCCCGUCCGACGUCCCUAGUCCCGGAGUGCGCCGACUAUCCUUCCUGUAGUUUUGCACCCAAGCCGGCUGUCUUUUCCACGUCCUGGGCCCCCGGACACUCCCAGUCAUCAGUGGUCUACCACCCGUACAGCCAUCAGCCCCAUUUAGGAACAGAGUCGAGGUAUAUGCGCUCAUGGCUGGAGCCGAUCUCAGGCGCCGUCCCUUUCCAUGGCUAUCCGGGAAACAGCAGGCAUUACGGACUUAAGCCCGACGCCUUUCAGGAGCACAGAGCUGGGGAGUGCCUCAGCUCCGGUGGACGGACUUACACGGAUUAUCUGUACUGCUCAUCCACUGACAUGCGAGACAAGACGCCGCAGAAUGUCCCUUCUCCAGACUCAGAGCUUCUGGCGCCUGGGAAGCAUAAGGAGGAAAAGCCGGAGCUAGAUCCCAACAACCCCGUGGCCAAUUGGAUACAUGCCCGCUCCACAAGGAAGAAGCGAUGUCCUUACACAAAGUACCAGACUCUUGAACUGGAAAAGGAGUUCUUGUUCAAUAUGUACCUCACCAGAGACCGCAGAUACGAGGUCGCAAGGGUACUGAAUCUGACCGAGAGGCAGGUCAAAAUCUGGUUUCAGAACCGGCGAAUGAAGAUGAAGAAAAUGAACAAGGACAAGAGCGACAGCAAGGAAUCAUAA